AUGGUCGAUGUAGAAAAACGAUAUCUUAAUAAACCAUGGUUGAUUCAUGAUGAAGCAACAAAAAUCAAAGAUCGUUUGUAUAAUACUCAUCUUCCUCCUGUAAAACCAUCUGGUAAACACAGUGUAACAGCUAAACAUCGAUUACCUCAUCAAUCAAAACGAGAUGGUUCUAAUUUUCUUCCAGCAUUAACAAACGGUAGUUCACCAGAAUCAAGUUUAGUCAAUGGUCAUCAAGUAUCAUCAACAACAUUUGCAUAUAAUUCAUCAGGACAUGAAGCAGCUAACCGUUAUAUAUUACAUAAUAAUAAUAAUAAAAAUAAUAUGGCAAGAUUUUCUCAAGAACUUUCAUCAAUUCAUUUCCCUAAUAGUUCUCAAACAAAACGAAAAUCACUUUAUAAUCAUAUUCAAUCAAAAAUUAAUACUGGUUUACCACAUAUAGGUAGUAAAAAUUCAUCAAAAUCUAAUAAAUAUCAAUUAGAGCCUAUUCGUCCAGUAAAUUGGGUUGAAUUAAAAAAUGAAAUUGAACAAGAUAUACAUAUAUAUGCACAUACGAAACAAAUGCAAUUUAAUUCUGACAAUACAUAUAAAGCAAAAUUAACAACAUUGGGAAAUCUUGUACGUUCAAAAGUUAAAUCUCAUUUAUCAUCUUCAAUAGGUAGUGAUAAUGAACGAUAUAAAAUUGUUGUUAGUCUUACUGUUUAUUCAAAAACUUCUUCUGGAUUACAUGUUGCAUCAAGAUGUUUAUGGAAUACAUCAACAGAUAAUUCAAUAACAAUUAAAAUGCAAGGUGUUGAUUGUAAUAUUAUUAUCGUUGUAUUUCUUUGUUAUACAGAUCUUGGAGUGAUAUAA